AUGUCAAAAACCCCGCCAGACAGUGCUUCACACCGUAGGUUAUCCACAUCGUGCAGGCACGGUGGCGGAUCUGGUGCUUCGAGGACCCGACCUGCCCAGGGCAAGGGUGCGUCGAGGAUUCCGGCUGCCGGUACUGCGAUGCCUCGGCGAUCGGCGGGCCAUCGUACGAUGGUGAGGCGUGCCCUUCGCCAGCGCCGUCUUCGGGCUGCACUGCGGACGCGAAGCCUUGCGCAGCACCGCAUGCCAACUCGGCUAUCUGGUGCUUCGAGGACCCGACCUGCCCAGGGCAAGGGUGCGUCGAGGACUCGGGCUGCCGGUACUGCGAUGCCUCGGCGAUCGGCGGCACCGCAUGCCAACUCGGCUAUCUGGUGCUUCGACUCGGGCUGCCGGUACUGCGAUGCCUCGGCGAUCGGCGGGCCAUCAUACGAUGGUGAGGCGUGCCCAUCUAUCCAGUCUCUCGGUGCCGCACUGGCCGCCGACGAGGGCUGCGACGGGAUGACCUACACGAGAAACUACGCCGAGGGCACACCGCACGAGUGCAGGUGCGACAGCUACUGCGACGACUUCUGCGACGAUGGGCCGAAUGGCUGCGCCAGGACGUGCAGGAUCUUGAACGGAGUUUUCGAGCACAUCCCGUCCGUACAUGCAGGCGACCGUACUUGCACCUGGUACGCGCACUACGUGACCAACCCGAUUAACUACGAGGGCUACGAUUGCUCGUGGAUGACUGGCACUGGCGAGGGCGGCCAUGGAGACGAUUGUCAAGAUUGGACGUCCGCUGGCGCCUUGAAGUGCCGGGAGGGAAACCAGAACCAGAACAACUGCCACUUCUAA